UUUCAAUAAAGUUUUCAAUGAUGUGAACCCGACCUGAAGUGCUCUAGCUGUGCAAUGUGGUGGCGCUUCCAUUGCACACUUGUAAAGGAAUGCAGCGUCUAGUUUAUAAGAAGAACAGGCGUGAUUGCGAGUGCCGCGUCCACCUGGAUAUAAUUGGAUCAAGUGCACUGAUUGUUUCUCUCCCUUGAUCCGGGCGUGCUGUUGGCGUGGCGCGCUAGGACAGCAUGGUGCGGCUGAGUGCCAAGGCGAGCGUGACGCACGCGGCCGAUGGCGGCCACAGUUCCCAGCUGGCGCUGGCGCUGCCGGUGGCAGAUGUGAAGGUUAAGGCCACGCUGAAGGACGUGACCCUGACCAAGGAGCCGCGCUACAGGAAGGGGCUGCUGCUUGGGGUGGAGAAGCCAGGCGACUUCAGCGUCGAUUACAACGUGGAGGACGGGGCUUGGAAGUUCCAAUUUGACACGUCCACCAAGGUGCUGGGGCCCCCGCUGAAGCUGUCGUACACGCACGGGCACCUCAAGCACGACACCACCCUGCAAGGCGCUCUGCUGCUGAAUCCUGACACCAAGCUCACCACCAAGUGGGACUUCAAGAAGGAGGCGGCCACUGUGAAGCUGAGCCACACGCGGGGCUCCACGACGCUGGAGCCCGCAUACGAUGCAGGAGCUGGGACCUUUUCAUUUGCCGCAACCCAGCGCAUCGCCAAGAAGAGCACGCUGCGGGCCAGCUACGACCAGAAAGGGAAGCAGACGACCGUCGAGUGGAGCCGACAAGGAUCCGACGAAGGGGGCCCAAUCAAGAUUGCGGUGACAACAAUAGCGGGCAGAGAGCGACAACGGAAGGUGGUGCUCGAGAAAGCGUUCAACCUUUUCUGAUGUGGUUUCAAACAUGUCAUCGAUGUCCUAUCAGAACACAUUCGGGCACAUUUGCCACUCAAAGGAAAGUUAUGGCGAGACUUGUUGCGGAGGUUGAGGGAACAUGUGAUGCUGCCGUCAAAGUGAUUGUCCACUAUUGGCCACCAUCGUUACGUACUAGCAAUGGCCUACUCUUUGGGGAAUUCGUUGGCCCAAUCAGUCACCUUGUACGUGAUUGAUGAAAUCUUUGGACCGGCGGGCACAAUAAUACUAUCCGGCGGGCACAAUAAGCCUGAAGAAGUUCACUGCACCAAAGCCUGGCGCGACGGUGCCAGUAAUGGAGGUCACAGAAGAUAAAAGCGUACAUCGCACUCAGGGAGUUGGAUCGUGCAUGAUCGAAUCUAAUUCACGAAACCGUGC